AAACUUAACUAACAAUAUUUUUGGCACACCGAUACGCUGUUGACACCGAUUCAAUCUUAGUUCCUACUUCCUUCUGUACACCUCUCCGGUCAGACCUCUUAUUGUAUUAAGAACAUAAUAAAAGAAUAACGAGGCUGAAUGGAGCCGAUAAACGACCGUAAAAAAGAGUAUUAUGUAGUCUAGGAUCCAGAGACUCCACUCGAACUCUGUGCAUCUUGUUUUUCGGACACCGUUUAGUGUUACACACUGAAUCCAUUCGGUCCAAUCAGGACGCGAUACGUCAUUACGUACGUAAUGCCGACUCUGAUGGCUGCCUCCAUGCGGACAGUGGAGCUGUGAAGAUACUAAGGAUAUGUGGUCGUUUUGUGUGUAUUGUCAUGUAAAAAUGCGGAAUUUUCUACACCUCGGUUCUUCGUUCUCCCGCCUCCAUGUCCGUUCAUGUCACCAGAGUGUUUACAGACGGAACACUCACCCCCGGGGGGCGGCAGUGGAGCUGGGGGAGACAAAACUUCAAAUUUCUUCAGGCAAACUUGCCAGAUUCGCAGAUGGAUCUGCUGUGGUGCAGCUCGGAGACACCUCAGUGAUGGCGACGGCCGUCAGCAGAACCAAACCUUCUCCGUCUCAGUUCAUGCCUUUGGUGGUGGACUACAGGCAGAAAGCAGCAGCAGCAGGUCGAAUCCCCACCAACUACCUGAGGCGAGAGCUGGGAACUACAGACCGUGAGAUCCUGACCAGCAGACUGAUAGACAGAUCAAUUCGACCACUUUUUCCUUCCGGUUACUUUUAUGACACUCAGAUCGCUUGUAACCUCCUGGCUGUCGAUGGCGUGAAUGACCCUGAUGUUCUGGCGAUUAACGCAGCCUCUGCUGCUCUGUCUCUGUCCGACAUCCCCUGGAAUGGACCCAUAGGUGCCGUUCGCGUGGGUUUCCUGGACGGACAGCCACUCAUCAAUCCCACCAGAGCAGAGAUGAGUUCCAGUUCUCUGAACCUCAUCGUGGCUGGAGCUCCGAGCAGCCAAGUGGUGAUGAUUGAAGCCUCAGCUGAGAACAUGCUUUAGUAGGAUUCCUGCCAUGCAGUGAAGGUGGGCGUCAAACACACACAGAAGAUCAUCCAAACCAUCCAGCAGCUGGCUCGAGAACAGAAGGUGACCAAACGCACCCCAGUCAAGAUCUUCACGGCGCCCCCUGCCAUGGUGGAGCAGGUCCGACAACUGGCAUCACAGAGAGUCUACGCUGUCCUCACAGACCACACACACGACAAGAUCACCAGAGAUGAAGCCAUCAAUGAAGUUCGACUGGAAACAGAAGAGGUUUUAAAAGAAAAGUUUCCUCAGGCUGAGCCUUUUGAAGUCAUGGAGUCCUUCAACGUCGUGGUCAAAGACAUCUUCCGCAGCUUGGUGUUAAAUGAGUACAGGAGGUGUGACGGGAGGGAACUGACUGCCGUGAGGAACAUUUCCUGUGACGUGGACCUCUUUCAGCCGCUCCAUGGCUCCGCGCUGUUCCAGAGAGGACAGACACAGGUUCUGUGCAGUGUCACCUUUGAUUCCCUGGAGUCCAGUGUCAAAGCAGACAUCAUCACCACAGCUCUGAGCGGUGUCAAAGACAAAAACUUCAUGCUUCAUUAUGAAUUUCCGCCGUACGCAACCAAUGAAAUUGGAAGGAUGGGAGGCAUGAACAGGAGGGAGCUGGGCCACGGGGCGCUGGCUGAAAAAGCUCUGAGGCCAGUCAUUCCCACAGACUUUCCUUUCACGAUCAGAGUCACUGCCGAGGUGUUGGAGUCAAACGGCUCCUCCUCCAUGGCUUCAGCCUGCGGAGGCAGCCUGGCGCUGAUGGAUGCAGGUGUUCCCAUCUCCUCUCCUGUGGCUGGAGUUGCCAUCGGCCUCAUCUCCAAGACCAGUGAAGACAAACCCACAGAGAUCCAGGAUUAUAGAAUACUAACAGAUAUUCUGGGAAUUGAGGACUACCUCGGAGACAUGGACUUUAAACUGGCAGGAACAGCCAAGGGCAUCACUGCUCUACAGGCUGACGUGAAGAUCCCAGGUCUGCCUCUGAAGGUGGUGAUGGAGGCCAUUAGUGAGGCCUCAGUGGCUAAAAAAGAGAUUCUGGGCAUCAUGAACAGUUGUAUCGCACAACCACGAAAAAGUCGGAAGGAGAACGGACCUGUCGUUGAAAACGUGCGUGUGCCUGUGUCCAAGCGAGCUCGGUUCGUUGGUCCUGGAGGGUACAACCUUCGCAGGUUACAGGCUAAAACAGGUGUGACAAUAAGUCAGGUGGACGAGGAGACGUUCUCCGUGUUCGCUCCGUCACCAGGAGCCAUGCACGAAGCUCAAGAGUUCAUCAGUGACAUCUGUAAAGAUGACCAAGAACAGCAGCUGGAGUUUGGUGCAGUUUACACAGCAACUAUCACUGAAAUGAGGGACAGCGGAGUGAUGGUGAAACUUUACCCCAACAUGAGUGCAGUCCUGCUCCAUAACUCACAGCUGGACCACAAACGGAUCAAACACCCCAGCGCUCUGGGUUUGGAGGUGGGACAGCAGAUACAGGUCAAAUACUUUGGACGGGACCCGACGGAUGGCAGGAUGAGACUUUCACGAAAGGUUCUCAGUUCUCCUGCUGCCACUCUGGUCAAGACCAUCAGUGAGAAACAGAGCAUCUCCAUGGGUUCGAGCAGCGGCGACAUGUGACAUCACAGCGGUGACAUGUGACAUCACAGCAGACUGCUUCCUCUAUGACUCCUAACUCCUGUAUCGAUGACAGACUUGUACCAGACAGACGUACAUAGAACUGAAACACAUCACACGCAGCCUCCUCUCUAUAUUGUUUAUCAUGUGAGUGUGUACGACAGGACGUCUUUGAUAACGUCCACAGAUUUUACCAGAUCCAGACAAACCGUGAACAUGUUUUUUCAAACUCUAAUGAUCAUGUCUGGCCCACGUGGGCUCCUCAGUUUGGGAUCAU